UGAAGGAAGCAUAUCGAAAGUGGGGGCUGGGCCGCCUGCAACGAAAGAGCCGCCGCGCAGCUUGGUUCGAAGACCGGAUCGAUCCGCGACCCGCCCCGGCUUUGUUCGGCACACAAGAAAAUUUGUCCAGCCGGCUCUGUCGGCAUCGACAACGACAGCGGCCUCUCGCAGAUCCCACACCAAGUGCAGCUCAGAUGGCCCAGGGAGUCGUCAAACAGAAGGCAGCCACUGCCAAGAAGAGCCCUGUCAAGCGGCGAGGCGUUGCCAUCGCCCCCAAGAAGGCCCAGAUCGCCAAGCAGCGUGCUCUCACCAAGAAACUCACUGGUGUUCAGAUCCAGAAGACCGAAAAGCUGCUGGCCGCCAAGGCGGGAGCUGUCGGUAAGCUGACAAUCAUGAAGCCAGUUGCACAAGAAGCCAAGCGAGAGAAGGACAAGGAUGUCAAGAAGAAAUCAAAGUAAACCAGUGGAUGGCGGUCCUGACAACACAGCCCGCUUGCUCGUUCGUUCAUUCGUUCGUUCGUUCGUUCGUUCGUUCGUUCGUUCGUUCGUUCGUUCGUUCGUUCGUUCGUUCGUUCGUUCGUUCGUUCGUUCGUUCGUUCGUUCGUUCGUUCGUUCGUUCGUUC